UACGUGAACUUUUAGCAUCAGAAGAAAAUGAGUAUUUGACUGAAAUGCAAAUGAAAGGAGAAACAAUUGAGGAGAAAAAGGAUAGAAUGAGAGAUAAAAUCAGAUUAUUAAGAGAGAAGAAAGAAAAAGAGAGACAGGAUUUUGUGGCUGAAAAGUUAGACCAGCAAUUCAGGGAACACUGCGAGGAGCUCCGUGUUGAGUUGUUUUGUAUCAAUCAGAAGACGGUGUGCGAGGAGCGGAAAGCACAGAUAGCAUUUAAUGAGGAGCUGAAAAGGCAAAAGUUGGUGGAAGAGCAGAUGUUCUCAAAGCUCUGGGAGGAAGACCGACUGGCCAAAGAGAAGCGAGAAGCCGAAGAGGCCAGAAGACAGAAAGAGCUGGUGGAGAACACACGCCUGGGGCUGAGUGCCCAGAUCACCAGCAUUCAGGCACAAAGGCAGGCAGCACAGCGGCUGAAGGAGGAGGAGGCGCGCCUUGUGGAAAAUGACAAAGCACAGGUGAAACUUGAGAAUGAACAGGAUAAGCUGAAGAAACAGAAGACAAAACAGGAAAUUAGGGCUGCUUUACAAAAAGCAAUCCAAGAGAAGAUGGAACAUACUCAGCAGGAAUACAGAGAAGAGCAGGAUUUGAACAUGAAGCUCACACAAAUCUCCCUCCAAAACUUACAGGAAGAGGCUGAUAAAAAGAAGCAAAAAAGAGAAGAUAUGAUAAGAGAACAGAAGAUAUAUCAUCAGUAUUUGGCACAGCGGCAUGAGGAAGAAAAAGCUCAGGAGAUAGAACUGGACAGAAAAUUAGAGGAAGAGAAGGAAAGGAAGUUUGCUGAGAAGGACAAGAUGCUGAGACUUGAAAAGGAAGCAAGAAAACAACUUGUGAAUGAGGUCAUGUGUACAAGAAAACUUCAAGUUCAAGAAAAGUUGCAACGAAAAGCAAAAGAACAGGAGGAACGUGCUCUGGAACAGGAAUGCAUAAAUAAAGGUCUUAAAGAGCUAAAUCGUGAAGAGAGGGAGAAUUUUGCAAGACGCUGCAGUUUAGCCCAGGAGUACAGGAAGCAACUUCAGAUGCAAAUGUGCUACCAGCAGCAGAGCCGGGAAGCAGAGAAGGAGGAGGAACGCCGAGAGUUUGAAGCAGGGAUAGCAGCAGACAAGGAUUUCCAGGACAAGAUGGAGAAGAUCCUGUCCACUCGACAGGUGCUGCCCCGGAACAUUCAUCCCAUGCGGAGGGCAUGUCCUAGUAAGCUUCCGCCAUAGUUUCAUAAACAACAUAUUUUUUUCUCAGUCUUUUAUUAUUUUAAACUACAGUAUGCUUGUGUGUUCCUUUAACUCAUGGAUAAACUGUUCGUUUAUUCUCUGAGUUUGCGUAAUUUUAUGCUGUGAAAUUUUCUUCUUUCAAAUUAAACUUCGUUCCUUUUUAAAAUUUCAUAGACUGACAAAUCUGAAUGAUCUACUUCAUAUCACACAGUUAUUUUCCUGACUUACCUCCAUGCCUCCCUUUCUUGUUCAUUUAUUAAUAACUUCACUUUUUCCCAUCCAUCUGCCCAUAUGGCCAUUUCCUCUUGCCUCCUUUUUCUUCUGUCUCAUAUACAUAAUUCACAAUAUUAGCAGGGCAUUUUUGCAGGCAGAGCCGGGACUAUCAGCCACUUUCAUUAACCCACUUAUUCAGUCAUUAAAUAUUUACUGAGUGCCUCUUAUGUGCCCUGGAUCCUGGCACUUCUCUGGAUCCUUAGACUUCAGCAAGAAUAAAGCAAACCUCUUGCUCUCAUGGAGAUUACAGCCCAGUGGAGGAAACCAGGCCAUAAAUGUUAAGUGCUACAGGCAGGAAAUGACAGGGGUGCUAUUUUAUUUUAUAUGUAAUGGCCAGAAAAGAUCUCUUUGAGCAGCUGGUAUUUGAAUGAACCGGUCAUGUGGUUAUCUGGGGGGGAGGGGGAACAUCCCAGACAGAGGAAAGAGCCAGUGCAAGGGCCCUGGGGCAGAAGUCUGCUUAGUGCAUAUGAAGCAUAGCAUUUGUGCUGGAGUAGAGUGAGUGAGGAGAGAGUUUUAGAUGUUGAAUCAGAAAGGUAGUGAGGGCCAGAUGAUGUAGGCCUUGGAACCAUAGUAAAGACUGGCUUUUACUUGGCUUUAGGAAGCUGUUAUAAGGUUUUGAGCAGAGGAGCAAUGCAAUAAGAUAUAAGAGGGUUGCUGACUGCCAUGUUGAGAAUAGACUCCAGGGAGACAGAAACAGGGAUUCAAUUGAGGAGCUAUCACAGUAAGCCAGGUGAGAGGUGAUGGUGGUAGCCAGCCUCCAGGAUGACCCCUGAUGAGUCUCUCCUGUAUUUAUGCCCUUGCGUAGCCCCUUCCACCCUGAAUCUCAGGCAGUCUGUAAAAUAUGUGCAUUUACUGUUUUUUUUUAUUAAAGUAGAAAAAAUCAACAUGCUCCUAUUUCUAACAUUCAGCAUUAUAAUUAUUUUCACUUCUUUGAGUCCUCCCCCGCCAGGCUUUAUUUAUCUGGAUGCUCAUUUUUACAUUGUAAACACACUGCCAUGUUGCUUCAUCUGUCUGAUUUACAAAUGGCCGCAUAGUAGUCUACUGAGUUCUUGUACUAUAAUUAUUAAAUAUUGGACUUUGUUUCAAAUUUGUCACCAUGACAAACUAUACUUUAACAACAUUCAUUUGAGUUAUUUCCUUAGAAUCAACCAAUUCCCUGGAGUGGGAUUUCUGGGUCAAAGGGGAAUAUACUUUUCCCUUUUAUAUGUACUUUUGCUUUCAAGCAUCACAUUUGCAGAAGCAGUUUUUAGAGUUGUAGGCUUUUUAAAGAAGUGUUUUCAGGGCCAAUUGGUAUUCUCCUGGAAGAUUUAAAGUGUCUUUAGGCAAACUGUCUGCUAGAAUCUCCAAGAGGUUUUUUUCUUUAACCUUCCUACCCAUUCAUCCACUCUCACCUCAGCUCUGGGAAUCUUAACUGCUCCUCUGGAUCCUUUCAAACCUCCUUGUGGCCAAAGUUAAUCUUUAAUCCAGAAGUGGGAGUCAUGCCC